AUGUCCAAGCGUCCACAUGAAAGAGUCAACGGCUCGUCUCCGGCUCUGCAUCCAUCCAAGAGAUAUGUGGGAGGGGCCCAAAAUUCUCACAAUGGACACCCGUUGCCGCAAAUAUCGCGGAACAUCAAAGCAUGUACCAUCAAAUGCUUGAUGUCCGAUGCUGGGCCUCCGUGCCAAAGGUGUCACGAGAAGAAGCUGGACUGCGUUGUGAGCAAGAACCUACAGAGCAUCAUCGAUGAGAAGACACAAUUAUCCGAGGCUGUACUCUCAGAUCUCGAGUACCUGUAUGCAGCUGUUGGGGAGAUGCGGGAGGCUAUCGGCAUGUCUGGUUUGCUGCCAAUGCAGAUCACCCAGUUUCAAGAUGGGAGAACAUCUGGCCCUACGGCACCUACACAAUCCCUCGCGAUCCCACCGGCUGGAAAUGAAGCGAUAGGGCCGUCGUGCGACAACUCCCCGAAGCUUUCCCCCAACGACAGUGACCUACCGCACAUACCAAUCCACUCACUGUAUACACUGACCAAAAUGCGCGCUCUUCGGUCCCCGGAUAGCCAAGAGACGCGGCAGACGGAUGCCAUCAACGACUUCAUUUCUCACGGAAAGCUUGCCCUGAAUGAUGCAGAACGCCUCUUCACUUAUUACCGGGACACUCUGGACGGAUUCAUGUAUUCCAUCGGAUGUCGGUACCAGUCGUUAGAUGAGCUGCGCCGGAAGAGCCCUAUUCUUUCCGCCGCAACUUUGACGGUAGCCGCGAUGCAUGAUCCAAGUGCCAACGAACAGUACGGCGUUUGUCGAGCCGAGCUUCGCAAAUUGGUAGAACGGUCUAUGCUAGGCAGGCAAGCAGACAAGGACUACUUUCGAGCUCUAAGCAUUGCGGCAUACUGGCUAAGCGAUCUCUCAUGGACGCUCUCAGGACACGCCAUCCGUCGAGCUACCGAGUGCAACAUUCACAACAGUUUCAGCCAGGCUGUGCAAGAACAGAGCCAAGACGCGGUAGAUUGUGCGAGAAUAUGGUCUAUACUGUACAUUUGCGAUCAGCACCUGGCAACUUUAUAUAGCCGACCAGCCAUCAUCCAAGAUGACGGCUCUACUCAGAAUUGGGAAGGGUUUCUGAAUGCUCCCUUCGCUACUAAAGAGGACGAGAGACUGAUGAGCCAAGUUGAGCUCAUGGGCAUCACUCAAAACGUACGGCAGCUCUUCGGACCUGACAACGGGCAGCCGAUUCCGAAAAUGUACUUGAAUCAGAUAUCACACUAUAACCGACAGCUGGGGCAAUGGAUCGCCAAGUGGAAUGUCCGGCUUCCAGCCCCCGGCUUUCCACGGAAAGGUGCCCAACUGCACAUGCAUUUCGUGCAGCUCUACCUCUAUUCGCACGUUUUUCGUGGCCAGUCCAGCCCGUUGCCAAGCUACUUCUUCGAUGCUGCCUGUGUCGCUGUGGCUGCCGCAUCCACAAUCAUGGAAUUCCUCCUGACUGAUCCAGACCUCUGCGCUGGCAUUGUCGGGAUGCCUUCUUACCUGCUCUCCAUGAUUGCAUUUACGGCCAUGUUCGCAGUCAAGGUUGCUCACAAGUUCAAAGACGACAACCUGUUAACAAUUGAACAAGCUCAGACCCAAAUCCUGAGACUCGUGACACUCUUCCGGUCAUUGAAUGUGGGCAAGUGGCACUUGGCAAAUCUCAUGGUGGAGGGGUUGGAAAAGCUUGCCAAGUUUGUAGAGCCGACCAUGGAGAAUGGAUUCCAUCCACAUGACGGGACAGCUACUUUUCCGAUGCACACAGCUGAUGGCAUGGCUGUGUUUGCCCAGACGAUGCCGUUCAAUCAUGUCAUGCCCAAGGUUGACGGAAUCCCUUGCCCUGCGUUGGAUACAACGUUUGGUCUGUCUCCUAUCUUUGGCUUCGAUCCAUCGUGGCUGGAAGAAGGGACGCUUGGUGAGCCGAUUCCAACGCAUGAUGAUGACAGUCAGCAUAUGGCAUGA